AUUAAUAAAUGAAUAAAAGAAGCGUCAACCGGUUAAUUUACUUUCCAUUAUGAAUAAUGGGGAAAAUUGAUUCGGAGUUCGAAUGGCCUCUUGGAAUGAAUUAAAUUCGAAGUACGAGGCACCACUGUAAUGAAAAAAUUUUAAUUCGUAAAAAUUAAUUUCGAUAUUAGAACAAUUUUUUUAAAUUUUAAAUUGAAUUUCAAUUUUAUAUUUGUUUGAAGUUUGAAGUGUCUUACAAUGCAAAUGGAUAUAAAUGCGGGGAAAAUGUUUAAGUGUUAAUUAAUUGCAAAUAGAACGUUUACCUUUAAAAUUUUGAAGAUAGUCAGCUUAAUAAUAUUUGAUAUUGUUCGUUUUAAAGCAACCAAAUGCCUAAAGAUGAUACAAAAUGGCUUCAAAGCUCUUGGAUUUUAAAUUAUUUAAAAGUUUAUGAAUUAUUUAAGCCCAUAUAAUACUGCAUCAAUAGCUGAAAUUAAAUUGAAGAAUAACGAAUCCGAAGCAGUUUGUUUCAAAAUAAAAACAACAGUUCCAACCAAAUAUCUUGUUUCGCCAACUUAUGGAAACGUUGAAUCUGGUGAAACAGUUUCAAUUAGAGUUAAACUCUUACCAAGUACGUACAACCCGCUAGAAUACAUCAAACAUAAAUUCUUAGUACAGACCAUGCCUGCUCCUCUAAAUGGUAUUGAUCAUGAAAAAAUGUGGAGUAAAGCGGAUCCAGCAAUCAUACGUGAAAAAAAGUUACUAUGUGUCUUUCGUGAAAUAUCUGCAAUUGAAUCUUUACACGAGAAUAAGAGCAGUUGCCAAGAGCUUGAAGGUGUAACAUCCCGUACAGUCACAGAAAAUGCUACUCUGGAAGUUUCAAGAAAACAGCGGUGUGAAUCAACCUAUUAUAUACGUUGUGCAGUGUUCGUAUAUUCUUUAUGUGUAUUGAAUUUCCUAUUCGGAAUUAUAUAUGAAAAACGCUUUGAUAUCCUUUAAAAUGUUUAUAUCUGAUUAUUUGCAAAAUGUUAUGUGUUUUUUUGUAUACGAUAUUGUUAUACGUUUAAUGUGACUGUAUCUUGAAAUUACAAGACUCGUAUUAAUAAAUGAAAUAAAAAGAGUGUAAACUUUAUACGUGGAGUUUAAACAAAAUCAGUUAUAAAAUGAUUCAUUUGGGGAAAGAUGCUAAUAGUUAAACGUAACUAUGCUAUAGCUAACUCGCGCGUAGCUUUAUAUUUUAUAAACAUACACUUGCAAGUACUCAC